UAUUUUGAAAUAUUAUUUGGAGAUAAAUGAACAUAUCCAUUUACUUAAUCCUAUUCCUUUCUGUAGUGACUGCGAAGCUGAUCGUAUACUCGCCUUCAAAGCUGAGAAAACGAAUUAACAAUCAGAACGGAGUCAUCCAUUCAAGCGUAGCCAACUUCGGUCAUAUUCCUUAUGGACACUCGAUCAUCGGAAGAGUAUGGUUUGAUGAAAGCAACAGAGAUGGAUGUCAAAGUUUCAGGAUCAAUAUCACCGGAGAAGGAGACCCCGACGCAUAUCCAUCUCCAAUUGUCCUUGUGGAGAGAGGAAACUGCUCCUUCGUCAAGAAAGUUAGAAACGUUGAACAUGCAGGAGGAUCCAUGGCUGUCAUCAUUGACAACAAGCCAGGAGAAAUCGUCGAGCAAGUCAUAAUGGUUGAUGACGGGACUGGCUCAGGGAUCAAAAUCCCUUCGAUGCUCAUCAGCAAGAAAGAUGGAAGGAAGAUCUUGGAUCAAUUCGAAGAGUGAAAAGAAGCCGAAGAAGACUUAGACGAAGAUGAAAGAGGCCACAAAGCCUGUGUGCAACUCAUCGGCAGUUUUGACCUUCCGCAUCCUGACAACAGAGUAGAAUACGACCUCUGGUACAGCAGUGAAGACGAACAGGCUAUGGACUUCUUGGCAGAUUUCGAAGAGUACCACUACCGAUACAAAGAGCAUGUGUACUUCACUCCAAGGAUCUUCUCGUUUGAGUGCAAGGGCUGAGAAGAAGAAACUUUAGAAAAAGACUGCUUCUCCAAAGGAAAAUACUGUGCUCACUCAGCCAGAGCAAGAGGAGCACUGAGUGGACGCGACAUUCUGACAGAGAAUCUCAGACAGAAGUGCCUCCAUAACAAGCUGCAGAAGAACAAAAAAGAAAAAUACUGGUGGGCCUACAUCCAAUAUGUCCAUGAGCUUUGUCCAGAUGGAAUCACCAGCAGCUGCUCCAGAAAAGGAAUGGAAGAAAUUGAAGUCAAAUUCGAAGACAUUGAAAGCUGUGUUGGAGAUUCUUUCUCUGGAGGAAGCCGCUCGAGCUCAGAAAAUACAAUUCUUGCAAAAGAAGCAAAAGAAUGGAAGAAUAACGGGCCAAGCUUUCAUCCAGCAGUAGUGAUCAACAAUGAGGCUUACAGAGGAUUCUUGUCAGCAGACAACGUAUUUGAAGCUAUUUGUCAAGGUUUCAAGAAGCACCCUUCAGAAUGCAAAGGAGUCGUCGGUGACUCACAAGACUACAACGGAAUCAGCACUGAAAUGAUGAUUCUGAUAGUGGUUGGAAUCCUAGCAUGCAACCUCGUCCUGCUAAUUCUCUACAGAAGGUACUAUAAGCAAGAAAUGCAAAAUGACGUCAGGAUGGCAGCCCACUCAGCAGUCUCACAGUACUUUGCCAUCCAGAAUAACGACAAAGAGCAGAUGAACCUUAAGGCUCCCGGGAUUUAGCUGAGAAU